UCGGAGGAGAGAAAAGGGCAAAAACAAAUAGAAAAAAGAAGAUCCGAAAAUUUCCUCUGAAUUUUCUCACACUCUCUGGGCAAAGGAAAAGAAGAGAAAAAAGGAAGAAAAUCCAAAUCACUCGGGAAUAUUUUACCAUAGAUUUGGAUCUGUUCUGAUGAGAAAUAUCUCAGUGGAAAAUUAAAAUUGAAGACUGUUAAAGCUUUUAUUUUUUUUCUUUCUUUCUUUCUACCUCUGUUCUUCAUUGACAUUUUCUCUUCUCACCCAGAGAUAAUAAAAAGUGAGGAUAGCAAUCUGUUUCUUUUACAUGGUCAUUACUCUUUAUCUUUGAUUCCCACCUUUCUGUUUGAUCAUCGUCUUCAUUGUUCUUACAUGCGACCCAUGUCAGACACUCAGCUUGUUCAGAGCUCUACUGGGUCGAUUCGAUCUUCUGGUAAAAUCGAAGAUGCCUUUAAGAAGAUGAAAGUAAAUGAAAACGGAAUGGCGCAAUCGAAUCCGACUCUGUAUCCAGAUCGUCCCGGUGAAAGAGAUUGCCAGUUCUAUCUAAGAACUGGUCUGUGUGGCUAUGGAAGCAGUUGCCGUUACAAUCAUCCCACUCAUCUUCCACAGGGUGUUAUGUAUUACAAUGAGGAGCUCCCGGAGAGAAUUGGACAGCCGGAUUGUGAGUAUUUUCUGAAGACAGGAGCUUGUAAGUAUGGCUCAACUUGUAAAUAUCACCACCCAAAAGACAGGAAUGGUGCAGAACCUGUGUUGUUCAAUGUUCUCAGUUUACCUAUGCGUCAGGGUGAGAAGCCGUGUCCAUAUUACCUGCGAACGGGAACGUGCAGAUUCGGAGUUGCUUGCAAAUUCCACCAUCCUCAACCUGAUAAUGGACAUUCUACUGCAUACGGAAUGUCUAGUUUUCCUUCUUCAGGUUUACAUUAUGCUGGUGGACUGACAAUGAUGCCUACAUAUGGAACUUUGCCUCGUCCGCAAGUUCCUCAGUCCUAUGUUCCCGUCAUGGUUUCACCCUCUCAAGGCCUUUUGCCUCCUCAAAGCUGGGCCACUUACAUGGCUGCAUCUAACUCCAUGUAUAAUGUGAAGAACCAACCUUUUUACUCCGGUUCUAGUGCAUCAAUGCCCAUGGCUGUGACAUUGAAUGGUGGUUUGCCUGAAAGAUCUGAACAACCAGAAUGUCGGUUUUUUAUGAAUACCGGGACAUGUAAAUAUGGAGACGAUUGCAAAUACAAUCAUCCCGGAGCAAGGAUUUCACCACCACCACCAAAUCUUAUAAACUCUUUUAUUCUUCCAAUGAGACCUGGACAACCAACUUGUGGUAACUUCAAGUCUUAUGGAUUCUGCAAGUUUGGGCCAAACUGCAAAUUCGACCACUCAAUGCAGCCAUACCCGGGCUUGACAAUGCCUUCUUCUCUGCCUGCUCCUAAUGCUUCACGUGUGUCAACCCAUCAGAAGAUCUCACCAUCACCAAGCCGCUCUAAUUCAAAGUCUCUGUCUAAUAAGAAACCCGAUAUGAAGAAGGAAAGCUCAGACGCUGAGAAACCAGGCGAUGGUUCUGCACAGUUAAGUAACUCAGAAGUUCAGGAUUUGUCUGAGCAUUCGUCAUCGCCAUGAUCCUGAUUUAUGAUCACAUCAUCGAGAAUCAUUAGCAAUCUCCCCACUCAGGCUUCUAAAGAUCUCAAUGAUCUCUCUCUGCCUUUUUUUUGUGAAGUUUUGAUGAAGCAGGGGAAGGGGAUGUGCAAGUGUUACUCGUUUUUUGGGUCUUUUUUGGAGAUGGGUCAAUGGCCAUGGCUGAAAACUAUAUAGGACGAAACCAGUGAUGUCACAACUCUCUUUUCUGUUUUUGACUCUGUUAAUAAAUUUUACAUGGGACUAAAAACAGAGCAUUUGUGACA